AUGUCUCACUGCGGCGGAGGUGGCAGUGGCGAGAUACGCACGCAGUUCCCCUCCAAGGUCCCAAACCACGACGCGGUGCCGUUACAUACCAUCGCCUACGCAACAGGGGGUCAUCUCGGGAUACCGAAGAGCCUGAAGCACCGUCAAGAGCGCUUCGCGAGGCAACUCACCGUUUUCAAGCUAUGCUGCGCGCUGGGACGCGAAGGCGCGGUCUACGAGCGUGUCGAGGCCGCUUCGGCGCCUUCAUAUGAAGCGUUUAACGCCCAGAAAGGAAGGUCCUCGCUUAGCAGCGCCAAACAACAGGAUUUCUUCUCGAGCACUCCCUCCGGCGUUGACGCGCAGCUUCCGAUGCACGCCAGCGGCGAGGCGCGAUGCGCGCUCAGGAGGAGCUCGAGCCACCUUGAGCCGAGCAUCCGAAAGAUUCGGCGCUCUCGCGUCAAUUUUCCGUCGUAUAGAGAAGAGAUUGGGGGGGCGUACGGCUUCGACCUUGGCAUGAGCGUAUCACGCAGGCAGCACGCGCUAUGUAGCUUCGCGCGCGUCAAAUCUUCGCCGCAGGAGAUCCUCCGCGUUUUUGGCUACGCUCUGGCUAACCCUAAGUCGCUAUCACUCUGCUCGAUUCUCCUCUCUCUUGUCAACAGCCAGGGGCGCGCGCUAAGCCGCAUCAAGAGCAAUCAGUCGUCGGCCUUCGACGACGACCGGAACAAUGCGCGUACAUCUAGGCGACGCGCAGACUGCCCUUUAGCGCUUUGGGCGCCAUCCCUGCGCUCCGUCCCAUCCGCUAGCGUCUACCAUCGCGCGAGCGCGCUGCUCGCCGUCGUCAGAUAUACCCAUCCCCUCUGUACCGGUACCGUGAGCAGCGUCGACGAGGGGAAUCUCGCCGGAGCGCGCCCCUCGCCCGCGUACGAGGCUGGGGCGCUCCCUCGCGUUUUGAACAAAGCUGGCCUCCCUCCUCCGGCGUACGAGGACGAAGCGCCCUUCAUUGCCACCACGUCGAAGAGGACGAAGACGGCUUUCCGCGUAUGCAUACGAGGAGACGAAGCGCCCCUCGCCGCGUUGAAGACGGCUCCUCCCGUGUGUCCAGUUGAGAGCGAAGCGCCUCGCCGCGUCAAAGAGGACGAAGACGGCCUACUCGCGUCGCGUACGGGGACGAAGUGCGCACCCACCGUACACUCUCGCGUGUCGAGGGGACGAGAGCUCCUCCGCGUAUUGCGAACGAAGGGCCCUCACCUCGUGUCGAUUAGGACAAAGGGCUCCCUCAUGCGGAGUGAGGACAACAGGCGCUCCCGCGCGUGA